UCUUUUUACCGCACGCGGGAACGGGGAGGACUUGGCGCGCACCGACUCCGCUUCUCCCGUGCUGCGCUGUUCUUGGUGCCGCCCAGGGACUCCUCUUCUCCCGCACCUCGCUGCUCUGGCGCUGCCCCUGAAGGAGGCGGAGACACGCGGCAGAGUCUAUCUGCGGCACCACGCGGAGGAAAGGAAGAACGGCCGGCCACUCCGCCACGGCGACGCCGCGCAGAAGAAGGAGAGGGAGGGGCUGCAACGGAGGAGAGGGAUAAGUGCCUCUGCGUCGUUUCCCCAUGAAUCCGCAUCGACUCUUUCGCCUCUCGGGAACCCAGGUCAGUUCCAUCUCGUUCUUUGCUUUUCUUGUCCAUACUAUACGACUGUUAUUCAGACAUCAUAUUGAUCUGCAAUUAAUUGAAUUGAGAUGCCAAUUAGUUCAGAUUCCCAUGGACUUUAUAUUUUUGUGACAGAAUUAACUACAACAGAUUCACCUAUCGAUAAUCUGAAAGGCAAUUGCAGAAUUUGUGCAUAUAUCUGAUAAGAGCAUACCUGAGGUUGGUUUGAGGUUUAAAAAUCCAGAAGAGGAUUGGGCAUUUUGGCUGGCAUAUGGGGGUCAUAAAGGCUUUGAUGUGAGGAAAAGAUAUACAAAUUUGAGCAAAUUUGAUGGAAAAGUGACUUCGUGCAGAUAUGUUUGUGCUAAUGAGGGUCAUCGGAGAAAAGGUCUUAAAGAGCAUGUGACCAAGUGUUUUAGAGCAGAAACAAGAAUAGAUUGCAAAGCUCGGAUGACUCUCACAUUGGACCGAGGGGAAGGAAAUUAUGAAGUCACUGAUGUUGUGCUUGAGCACAACCACCUACUUCAAUUGCCAGAGACUUGCCACUUAAUGGCGUCACAAAGGAAAAUUUCAGAAUUGCAAGCUUUUGAAAUUGAAACAGCCGAUGAUUCUGGAAUUAGGCCAAAAAAACUGCACAUGAGUUAUCAUGUCGUCAAGUUGGUGAACCAUUUAACCUUGUCUACACUUGUCGUGAUCGUAAAAAUUAUUUGUAAAGCAAGAGACAGAGAGAAUUAGCCUUUGGGCAAGCUGGAAGUAUGUUAAAGUAUUUUCAUGAUAAAAUUGCAGAGAACCCAGCAUUCCAAUAUGCUUUGCAGCUAGAUUGUGAGGAGCAUAUAACCAAUAUAUUCUAGGCUGUUGCUAAAAUGAUCCUUGAUUAUGCACAUUUUGGUGAUGUUGUCACAUUUGACACUACUUUUGGCACAAACAAAGAGUAUAGGCCAUUUGGUGUUUUUCUUGGACUCAAUCAGUUUAGGGAGACAACUAUCUUUGGUGGUGUGCUUCUAUUUGAUGAAACUGAAGUGUCAUUUACAUGGCUGUUUGAGACUUUUUUAGCUGCUCAUAAUGGUAAGCAACCUACAACUAUCUACACAGAUCAAGAUGCAGCAAUGGGAAAAGCUGUAAAGAUAGUAUUCACAGAAUCAUAUCAUGGUUUGUGUACCUUUCACAUAAUGCAGAAUGCUGUCAAGCAUUUGUCUCCAAUGAAGAACAAAGAGGAAAAUAAAGUUGGAGAAGAAGAUAAAGUUGAAGAAGAAGAUACAAUUGAAGAACAAGAUGAAUCUCAUAUUCUUGCUGAUUUUAGUGCUUGUAUGUAUGCUUUUGAGGACAAGACCGAAUUUCAAGAAGCAUUUGACGUUAUGAGAUCUAAAGUGCAUAAGCAAACUUGGCUAGAUAGUAUCUACAAGUUGAGAGAAAAUUGGGCUGAAUGUUAUAUGAGAGAUGUGUUCAGCUUGGGAGUGAGAAGUACACAGCUAAAUGAGAGCUUCAAUAAUGCAAUGAAGAAGCAUUUGAAAUCAGAUUUUGAUAUUGUUCGAUUUUUGAAACAUUUUGAGAGGACAGUGCAAGAAAAGAGACAACAAGAAGUGCAAUCUGAAUAUGACUCAAGGAAGAAGCAGCCAAGAAGACUAAUGAGUACACCUAUGUUAGUUCAAGCAAGCCAAGUAUAUACUCAUGUAAUUUUUGAAGCUUUCCAAAGUGAAUAUGAAAGAUCAAUGGCUGCAUGUGCUAGAGUUCUAGAAGAAGAUAACAAAUAUGUCGUUGCUAUUGGGCGUCUUCAUGGUGAUUUAAGUUAUGAGGAGGAACGCAUAGUGAUUGGUGAUCCUUUGACCCAAAAAGUUUCUUGCAAUUGUGGAAUGUUCAAUAGGACAGGAAUAUUAUGUGCACAUGGUCUUAAAGUUCUUGAUUUGAUGAAUAUAAAGAUACUACCCACACAUUAUAUCCUAAAGAGAUGGACUAGAGAAGCACGCAAUGGAAGUAUACAGGAUAAGCAAGGAAGAAAUGUGGUAGAAAAUUCAAAACGGGAAGCCCAACUUCGAUACAAGUUUUUGUCUCAUAAAUUUCACAAUUUGGCGGAUAAAGCAGCCAAAGUGCAAGAAUGUUGUGUGCUGUUAGAAAAUGCACUUGAUUGUCUUAGUAUUCAGCUAGAGGAAAAACUCAAUGUAUCUACUAUUGUUAUGAAUGAACCAUGCAAGAAUCAAGAAAAUAUUGAUCCUAAUGUACAACAAAGGGACAGCAUGCUUAGUGCUGCAAAGCUGAAGAAAAAAGAGGUCCAGUCAAAGAAUUCAAGGCGGAAGAAAACUUGGCUCGAUAAGUUAUGCAAAGGGGGGAAGCACAAGGCAACCAAACCUGCUGCACCAACAAAAAAGGAGCAAAGCAACACAAGAAAAAUGAUGAUGCGCAGCCGCUAGUAGAAGUGGACAAGGGUGCCAACCACAGAGGAGCAAAUAUGGAGCUUCAAGAGUACAAUGCCAUUGCCAACUUUACUCAGAUCUUGACAACUCCAAUUUGUGAUGUCAACAAUCUUCUUGACCAAGAUCUAUUCUUCUAGUAUUUGCAAGAUGGUUAGAGGGUUAACUAUAGCAUUUUGUGGCACAGCUAUAGUAUUUUGGACAGGCUAAUUAUAGUAUUUUGGGGCCUAAUUGUAUAAGUGAAAUGGCCUACCUUAUAGUGGUUGUAUAGCACUUGUUGCUUCAAAUUAGACUUGUCUAAUGCUAUGUAUGCGUCUGGUGCUUUGGAAUUAGAGACUUGUUGCUCCAAAUUAUUAAUUAUUAAUCUGGUGACUUGUAAAAAUUAGCAA